UUGCAGCUGAUACACGCGAUAAAUAAUUAUGCACAUACAUUUCUUUUUUUAACUAUAAAAAUUGUCUGUCACGACUCGAAAUAAACAAGAAAUAUAUAAGAUAUAACAGGAUGUUCUUGACCUUAAAAGAAAUCGAAUACGUGUACAAUUCUUGAGACAGUCCAUUGACCUCGAAGAAUGAAGAACUGACCCGUGAUAUCCGUGAUAUAGCGGUAACAGGUUUCUUUGAAUCAGAAAUUCUAACUAGAGUUAAGUUACUUCAACUGACGUUCAUCAACAGAGGUCCUCUUUAUAUCUAUCUAUAUAUAUAUAUAUGUGAUUAUAAAAAACGUUACGAGUUUACAGUUUUCUUUGACAGUAAAAUUUUCUUACCUGUUAAGAGAAUUCAGUUUUUUUACAAGAUGGGUUAUUUAAAAUCAAUUGGAGCCGGAAUUAUUUAUAUCGGAGUGAUUUUCGCCAUUCUUACAUUUGCCCCUGGUUAUCCUCCCGAGGCUAAAUUUACAGAAUAUACAAUAACAACUCCGAAGGAAUUAGAAGGCAAUUUGGGAUUAAAUAAUCGAUUAAAUAAUGCAGAAAUAAUAAUGAAAGGUAAAUUACACGGACCAGAGGCAUUUACAUCAUACAAAGGUAAACUUUACACCGGAAUCAGUGGCGGUUAUGUAGUAGAAAUAAAGGAAAACCAAGAGGUAUCUCCGAUUGCGAAAUUUGGAAAAGAAUGUGAUGGUCAUUGGCAAGAAAAUAUUUGUGGUAGACCUUUAGGUAUGAGAUUCGAUAAAAAUGGUCAACUUUUCGUAGCUGAUGCUUAUUAUGGAAUUUUCAAACUUGAUGUGACUUCAGGAAAAUAUGAAAAAAUUGUUGACAUUAAUACACCAAUUGAUAGCAAAAUUCCAAAAAUUAUUAACUCAUUGGAUGUAGCAAGUAAUGGAGAUAUUUAUUGGACAGAUUCUAGCACCGAAUUUUCUCUUCAUGAUGGAGUUUACACAUUCCUUGCGGACCCAAGUGGAAGGCUUCUACGAUAUAACGCUAAAACAAAGAGAAAUGAAAUACUUGUGGAGAAUCUUGGAUUCGGAAACGGUGUGAUUUUAAGCGACGAUGAAAGUUUCGUUCUUGUAGCUGAAACUGCAAUUUCUCGUGUUGUCAAGUACAACUUAAAGGGACCAAAGGCAGGGAAAAAAGAAUUAUUUAUCGACGGACUUCCUGGUAUGCCCGACAAUAUAGAUAGCGAUGGACAGGGUGGAUUUUUCAUAACACUUGCUGCCUACGCUGAUUCGCAAAAUCCUCAAAUCAGCCAAUCUCUGACACCUCAUCCAAAUAUCCGGAAACUCUUAGUAAGAUUGUUGUACUCUAUCGAAGCUCCUUUCAAACUUGUACAAACUUACUAUCCGAAUGAAUGCAUAGAAAAAAUUAUUCACUCAAUUGGACAUUUUUCGAGUGUCAACAGUUUGGGUUCUCAUAAUUCAGUAAUAUUACGAAUAGAUUCUAAUGGAAAAAUUAUCGAUGUCGCUUAUGGAACUGAUGGUAAAGUAACUGGUAUAAGUUCUGCAUUCAUUCACAAAGAUUAUUUGUUCAUUGGUUCACCAUUUAAUGAUUUCGUUGCUCGAAUUCCAUUAAAAGAAGCUUUCCCGUCACUUGCUUCAACUUCGAAAGCAAAAAAUGACAAAAUCAUCCUCGAGGAGACAAAGAAGCCUCCCAAGAAAGUUACAGAAGAAAAAGUGAACGUUAAAACCGAAAAAGUAAGAGAUGGGGAGAAAUCUCAAAAACAAAGCAAGACGUAAACCAUUCCUUUCGCGAGACUUACGAACAUUAAUUUAAGAAAAAAUACCAUUUUUCUUUUACAUUCCAAAGCUAUUCCUGUACUUUAAAUCAAUUUUGAGAAAGUAGACUUAAAGAAAAUAGGAAAAUGGCUGUAAAUAUAUUUUUCCUCUUGGAAAGUCAAUUUCAAAAGUGAUUUUCAUAGCAUUUUUAUAAAACGGAACAUUUAAUUCAGAAUUUUGAUUCUGAAUUGUAGAUUUCAAUUUCCAGUUGGAACUCAGUUUUUUAUUUAAACCCGUAGUUUAAUUACAGCUUUCAUUUUAAAUUGUGCUUAAAAUUUGGAAUUAGAUUUCAAAUUCCAUGGAAAAAUUUAAAACUGAGUCACGACAAAGAAAUAUUUAAUACUUGUUGAACUAGAAUUUACAAUUAUUGAAUUAUAAAAUGGCUGUUAAUAAUUGACGAUGCUUACUUAAAGAAUGUAAUCGCAAUGUGAAAAAUAGGUUAGCGUUUAACGCACAAAUUCAAUAAUUUCUUGUGAUUAAAAUUUACUUUCUAUCAUAAUUGUACAAAAUAUGUUCCUUUUGUAGUUAAAAAUCAUUUAAGAAUUUACAAGAAUAUUUUCUAAAUUACCAAAA